AUGAAAGAAAAACAUUACAAUGCUAAGAAAAUCAAGGUCUUGACCAGCCGAUCAAACGACUACCGCGACCGCACGCUUGCCAUGAAGAGGACCAACGAAAUCCGCAGUGAGGCUGCUAGAGCUGAAGUGAACCAAGUCAAUAUGGAUAUCAUGUCGAGGCGCAAAGAAGACUUACCAGACGCAAUAUCCAAAGAGUUCUUACAAAUCCAGAAGGAGAUGAUAGUGUACGAUAUGCGUGAACAACUUGAGGAGCGACGGAAAUCAGCCGCCCAAAAAGCAAAAGAAACCAAACAGUCAACUUCCUCUUCAACUCAACAGGCAACAACCUCUCAACAGCAACUUUUGUCUUCAUCUUUGACCCCCACAAGUGAGCCUAACGACGAAAGCACACCUAACUCAAGCUCUGAGGAAUAUGUAGAUGAAGAGCAAGCAUAUCCAGAAGAAAUUGAUCCUACUCUUUACUCGCUUGAAUAA